UCUAUUAACAUGUGCCGCGUUAAAAACAACAAAUAGACGUAGAUUACAUAUAAUUGAUGCAAAUGAAGACUGUGGAUGAAAAUAGAAUAAUGGUCGAUCAUGUGGGGGAAGAAGAUGGCGCCAAUUUGAUGUGCCUGCCUGGGGAAAGACUGUGCAGAACAGAAGGCAGUAUUUUACUAGGCAGCGGCACAUAUGAACAGAAUGGAUACAUUUUUGCAUCUAAAUCUGGAAUAGUUAAUAUCGACAAUUCCGGCGACAACUACCAAGUUGUCAGCGUGUAUAAGCCUGGUAGCCAUAUAAUUAUACCGACAACUGGAGACAUUGUUACCGCCCGCGUUCUAUUGACGACAUCUCGGUUCGUAAAAUGUGCUAUAUUUUGUGUUCGGGAUGUUCAACUAGAAAGCAGUUAUCGAGGGCUUCUACGGAGGGAGGACGUUCGUGAAACGGAAAAGGAUCGUGUAGACAUAUAUAAAUGUUUCAAGCCAGGAGAUGUGAUUCUGGCGCGUGUUUUGAACCAACUAGAGCAGCAAUCAUUUCUGAUAACCACUGCGGAAAACGAGCUUGGUGUUGUGACAGCAUGUGCCAGUGAUAUGCGCAGAAUUGGUAUACCUAUGGUGCCAGUAGGUUGGGGUGAAAUGCAAUGCCCACAGUCCUCCGUUAAGGAGCCGCGCAAGGUAGCUAAAGUUCUACCCGAAAGCACUAUAUCUAAAUCCAAAUCUUAGCGAUACCUAGUUGCUUAAGCGGUCAACAGCAGAUGAAAUAAUUAACAAUUACUUGUAGUACUAGAAAUAAAAAGCACAUUUUACAAUAAAUUCACUCAAUUUAAAAAA